UUCUGCAUAUCCAAGCUAAAUAGUAUUUAUAAUCAAAUAUUUGCCUUGUUUUUGUGUCCCAAAAGAAAAUGGAGAUGAAAUUGGUGAUCCUUUUCGGGCCGAUGAUGGUUAUGGUUCUGAACUAUGCAAGUCCUGCCCAUGGCGACAUCACAUGCCAACAGGCCUUGAUGGAUUUGAUGCCAUGUAAGGAAACCUUGACCGGGUCUGGCCCUGGGACUCCUCCGAUUACAUGUUGCAGUGGUGUGCAAACCGUUUAUGCUGCGGCUACCACCAGAGAGUGUUGGAGGAACCUCUGUGAAUUCUUCAAGAAAGCAGCUGCUGGCAUGCUGAUCAACCCUGACAGACUCAAGCAGCUUCCUGAUUUCUGCCAUGUGUCCCUUCCCGUUCCUCUCGACCCCAAAAUUGAUUGCGAAUCAAUUCCUCGUGUCUAAAGGGUGUGCGUGCAUUGCAUGAUAUAAAUAAGACGGGGAAGGAUCAGCUAAAAACACAGAUGUUCUGUGAUGAUCAAAUAAUUAAACACUGUUUGAUUACCUUUAGUGCAUCCAAAAUAUGUAUUAAAAAGCAAUUAUGCAAAUAGAAUGCUUCCUUUCUCCGAA